AUGGAGAUUUUUCAGGUGUGGUUGACCAAAAAUAAAGCCCCCACCUGUGGUAGUACGGCCAAGUACAGCGUGUUGACGUUUCUACCUCGAUUCUUGUAUGAGCAGAUUAGAAGAGCUGCUAACGCCUUCUUCCUCUUCAUUGCCUUAUUACAGCAAAUUCCAGAUGUAUCUCCAACAGGAAGAUAUACCACCCUGGUGCCAUUGAUCAUUAUUUUAACAAUCGCAGGCAUCAAAGAGAUUGUAGAAGAUUUUAAGCGGCAUAAGGCAGACAAUGCAGUUAACAAAAAGAAAACGAUAGUGUUAAGGAAUGGUAUGUGGCAUACCGUUAUGUGGAAAGAGGUGGCGGUGGGAGACAUUGUGAAGGUCGUCAAUGGGCAGUAUCUUCCAGCAGACAUGGUCCUGCUAUCCUCCAGUGAACCUCAGGCGAUGUGUUACGUUGAAACAGCUAAUCUGGAUGGGGAGACGAACCUUAAAAUUCGUCAGGGUUUGAGUCACACUGCUGACAUGCAAACAAGGGAAGUAUUGAUGAAGUUAUCUGGAACCAUAGAAUGUGAGGGACCCAAUCGCCACCUCUAUGACUUCACUGGAAACUUGCACGUAGAUGGGAAAAGCCCUGUUCCCCUUGGGCCCGACCAGAUCUUAUUAAGAGGUACACAGCUUAGAAACACUCAGUGGGUCUUUGGCAUAGUUGUUUAUACUGGACACGACACCAAACUCAUGCAGAAUUCCACAAAAGCACCUCUCAAAAGAUCGAAUGUUGAGAAAGUGACCAAUGUGCAGAUCCUGGUGUUGUUUGGCAUCCUUUUGGUCAUGGCCUUGGUGAGCUCGGUGGGGGCGCUGUACUGGAAUGGGUCUCAAGGCGGAAAGAACUGGUACAUCAAGAAGAUGGACACGACCUCGGAUAAUUUCGGCUAUAACCUGUUGACGUUCAUCAUCUUGUACAACAAUCUGAUUCCCAUCAGUCUGUUGGUGACUCUUGAGGUUGUGAAAUACACUCAAGCCCUUUUUAUAAACUGGGACACAGAUAUGUAUUAUCUAGGAAAUGACACCCCUGCGAUGGCCAGGACCUCAAACCUUAAUGAAGAGCUGGGGCAGGUGAAAUACCUAUUUUCUGAUAAAACUGGAACUCUUACAUGCAAUAUCAUGAACUUCAAGAAGUGCAGCAUUGCUGGGGUAACCUAUGGUCAUUUUCCAGAAUUGACAAGAGAACCAUCCUCAGAUGAUUUUUGCCGGAUACCUCCUCCCCCUAGUGACUCAUGUGACUUUGAUGAUCCUAGGCUCUUGAAGAACAUUGAAGAUCAUCAUCCCACAGCUCCGUGCAUACAGGAGUUCCUCACACUUCUGGCCGUGUGCCACACCGUCGUCCCUGAGAAGGAUGGAGAUAACAUCAUCUAUCAGGCUUCUUCCCCAGAUGAAGCCGCUUUGGUGAAGGGAGCUAGGAAGCUGGGUUUUGUCUUCACCGCCAGAACGCCGUACUCGGUCAUCAUAGAAGCCAUGGGACAGGAACAGACAUUUGGAAUCCUCAACGUCCUGGAAUUUUCUAGUGACAGAAAAAGAAUGUCUGUAAUUGUUCGAACUCCUUCAGGCCAGCUUCGACUCUACUGUAAGGGGGCUGAUAAUGUAAUAUUUGAGAGGCUUUCAAAAGACUCAAAAUACAUGGAAGAAACCCUGUGCCAUCUGGAAUAUUUUGCCACGGAAGGCUUGAGGACUCUCUGUGUGGCUUAUGCUGACCUCUCUGAGCAGGCGUAUGAGGAGUGGCUUAAAGUCUAUCGAGAAGCCAGCACCAUCUUGAAAGACAGAGCUCAGCGGUUGGAAGAGUGCUAUGAGAUCAUAGAGAAGAAUUUACUGUUACUUGGAGCCACAGCCAUCGAAGAUCGCCUUCAGGCAGGUGUUCCAGAAACCAUAGCGACUCUAUUGAAGGCAGAAAUUAAAAUAUGGGUGUUGACAGGAGACAAACAAGAAACUGCAAUUAAUAUAGGAUAUUCCUGCCGGUUGGUGUCACAGAAUAUGGCCCUUAUCCUAUUGAAGGAGGAUUCCCUGGAUGCAACAAGGGCAGCCAUUACGCAGCAUUGCACCGACCUUGGGAAUCUGUUGGGCAAGGAGAACGAUGUGGCCCUCAUCAUCGAUGGCCACACCCUGAAGUACGCACUGUCCUUUGAAGUCAGGAGAAGCUUCCUGGAUUUGGCGCUUUCGUGCAAGGCGGUCAUAUGCUGCAGAGUGUCUCCUCUGCAGAAGUCUGAGAUAGUGGACGUGGUUAAGAAGCGGGUAAAGGCCAUUACCCUUGCCAUCGGGGACGGUGCCAACGACGUUGGGAUGAUCCAGACCGCUCACGUGGGUGUAGGGAUCAGCGGGAACGAAGGCAUGCAGGCGACCAACAACUCGGAUUAUGCCAUCGCGCAGUUUUCCUACUUGGAGAAGCUCCUGUUGGUUCACGGCGCCUGGAGCUACAACCGCGUGACCAAGUGCAUACUGUACUGCUUCUACAAGAACGUGGUCCUCUACAUUAUCGAGCUUUGGUUCGCCUUUGUUAAUGGAUUUUCUGGGCAGAUUUUAUUUGAACGCUGGUGCAUCGGCUUGUACAAUGUGAUUUUCACAGCGUUGCCACCCUUCACCCUGGGAAUCUUCGAGAGGUCUUGCACCCAGGAGAGCAUGCUCAGGUUCCCACAGCUCUACAAGAUCACCCAGAACGCGGAAGGCUUCAACACAAAGGUUUUCUGGGGUCACUGCAUCAACGCCUUGGUCCACUCCCUCAUCCUCUUCUGGUUUCCCAUGAAGGCGCUGGAGCAUGAUACCCCGUUGGCCAGUGGCCAGGCCACAGACUAUUUAUUUGUUGGAAAUAUUGUUUACACGUAUGUUGUUGUCACUGUGUGUCUGAAAGCUGGUUUGGAGACCACAGCUUGGACUAAAUUCAGUCAUCUGGCUGUCUGGGGAAGCAUGCUGAUCUGGCUGGUGUUUUUUGGCGUCUACUCAACCAUCUGGCCCACCAUUCCCAUUGCUCCAGAUAUGAAAGGACAGGCAACCAUGGUUCUGAGCUCUGCACACUUCUGGUUGGGAUUAUUUCUGGUUCCCACGGCGUGUUUGAUCGAAGAUGUGGCGUGGAGAGCGGCCAAGCAUACCUGCAAGAAAACGUUGCUGGAGGAGGUGCAGGAGCUGGAAACGAAGGCCAGAGUGAUGGGGAAAGCGAUGCUUCGGGACAGUAAUGGGAAGAGGAUGAAUGAACGUGACCGCCUACUGAGGAGGCUCAGCAGGAAGACGCCCCCCACACUCUUCCGAGGAGGCUCCCUCCAGCAGUGUGUCCCCCAUGGGUACGCCUUCUCUCAAGAGGAGCAUGGAGCUGUCACUCAGGAAGAAAUCGUCCGUGCUUACGACACCACCAAGAAGAAAUGCAGGAAGAAAUAA